AUGCAGAGAAGCAGGCUGCAACACUCCCCCGAGGCCAACCCCGUCUGGAGCCGGCCGUUGGAGCCGCCGCCGCCCCGAGCUCAAGGCUGCCUCGUGCCGCUGCCUUCGGGAAUGGCUGCCCCAACACUGGAUCAGCCCGUGCUUGCUCUCGGACUCGUUCGCCCCGCCCUAGAGACGCCAUACGACGCUUUCUUCUUCGCUUCGCGCACCUGCAACUGCGUCUCCAACGACAAGAGCUUGCAGUUUCUUCAGUCAGCGUAUGGAAACGUCCUCAUAGUUUUUGAUAAUCAACCCGUAGUCCUCCCGAGCUCCACGCCCCUCCUCGUCGCGCUCCCGCUCCACCCGGCCCCGCGCCGUCGCCUCGCGGCCCUCCGCGGCCUCCUGCCGGUCUCCCUCCUCCGCCGCCACCCGGACCUCGCGCUGCGCCUCCUCCACAUCCACGCCUCCCUCGGCCUCCUCGCGUACGCGCACCACAUCUUCGACCACCUCCUCCCCGCGCGCACCCGCCGGGAGCGCGCAUUCCCGUGGAACUGCCUCGUCGCCGGAUACGCCAGCGUCGGCCGCCACGACGACGCACUCGCGCUCUACCUCCAGAUGGACGAGGAGGGCGCGCCGCGCGACGGGUUCACCUUCGAGAGCGCGCUCCGGGCCUGCUCCGGCGCCCGGUCCGCCGAGCUCGGUCGGGCCGUGCACCGCGACGCCCUCACAGCCGGCCUCGCCGCCGACGUCUCCGUGUGCGAUGCCCUCGUGGAGAUGUACGCCCAGUGCGGCGACAUGGAGAUGGCGUGCCAGGUGUUCGACGCAAUGCCGGAGAGGGACGCCGUCUCAUGGAACGUCUUGCUUGGUGGCUUGCUGGGGGACGGUGGCCUCUCUUCUCAGGCAACGGAGGCCUGGAGGAGGAUGCUCGGAGAAGGGCACAAGCCCGACUCCGUCGUGCUGUCGGCGAUGCUCUGGCAUCACCCUGGUGAUGGCAAACAGGGACGGGAGGUUCAUGCCUGGGUGAUCUGUCAUUGGCUCGAGACGGAGUUAUCAGUGGCAAACGCUCUGAUUGGAAUGUACUCUAGAAAGAAUGAGCUAGGCCAUGCCCUGUCGGUGUUCGAGUCGAUGCCGGUCAGGGACCCGGCCUCAUGGAAUGCUAUACUAUCUGCCCACAGCCAAGACUUCAGAGUUCUCAUGAUGUUUCGCCGUAUGGUGGACUCCGGAGCACGGCCGGACGAGACCACCUUCAUGGCGGUGCUCUCGACGUGCGACAAUCUAGGAUUGGUGGAGGGCGGCAUGAAGCUGUUCUCUGAGAUGGAGAACAAGUACAGAAUUCAGCCUACUGUACAACACUGCACCUCUCUGGUGAACAUGCUAGGCAAAGCAGGGAUGGUCAGAGAGGCAUACCAGUUGUUCGCGAGGAGCCAGAUCCAAUCGGCGGCUGCGUGGUCCGGCGGCCUCGGUGGCUCCCUCCACCCUCCGCCGCGGCCGCGGCCGCCCCCGCCCCGCCUCCGAGAUCCGGCCACCUCCGUCCUCCGUACCCCCAGCACGCCUCCACCCUCCGCCGCGGCCGCGGCCGCCCCCGCCCCGCCUCCGAGAUCCGGCCACCUCCGUCCUCCGUACCCCCAGCACGCCUCCUCCGUCCGCCGCCCGGUCGUAUUGUUACCUUGGGUCUGGGCAGGGUGGUCUCGCCGGAUCGCCGUCCACGUCCGGAACCCGGCGACAGACACGGCGCUCUUGGGCACAAGGACCUGCCACCAGCCCGCCGACUUUGGAUUCUUGCUUACAAUGUUGCCUGUUCCGAGGGGAAGGGGGUGUUGGUCGGUGGUGAUGGGUGCAGAGGAAGAGGGGCGAUUUUGA